AUGGGGCAUGAUUUCACGUUUCCCAUAAUUUCUUCAAAAGUUUAUCUUGGCAUAGCUCUUAAUUCAAAACUUAUUAAAUAUUUUAUCAAUGCUGUCCUAAUUUUACUUUUUUCCUGAUUCAACUCUAGUUUCAGUCUUAUCAUUUUCACUGCUUAUUUUUCUUAUAUUUUAAUAAAUUUCUUAUUUAAUCACUUUUCCAUAUUUAUGGGAAAUUGUUCUUGCUCAAAAGCCUCUGAAAAUUUUGACACUUUCUCUUAUUCUGAAUCUGUCUCAAUCAAAAUCAAAGAAAGAGACUACUCAGGCAGAAUCACUCAUAAUGAAAAAGUCGAUUUCAAGGUAACUUCUCCUGUUUACCAGCAUUCACAAGAAAUUCAGUUAAGCCCUUACAAAUUUUUUAUAUCAGGAUGUGUCCUUCCCGGUUUAGAUCCCCGUGGGAUGAUGGAAAAAGAAUGCCAGGACAAUCUUUUCUUUAUUGAAAAAGAAGGCUCUAUCCUAGCUGCUUUAUUUGAUGGACAUGGUCGUGAAGGUCUGAAGGUUGUGGAAUUCUGCAACAAAUUUAUGAAGGAAUAUUUUAAGAACAAUGCCAGUGAUUUUAAAGCUCAUCCUAAAGAGGCAUUAGAUAGCAUUAUAGAAGAAUGUGAUCACGCACUAAGUCAGCCCAGUAGCAAGGUAGAUCCUUUAAUUUCAGGGACCACCGCAGUCGUCAUGUAUAUUGAUGAGACAGGACUGUAUGUAGCUUCUGUUGGGGAUUCCAGGGCAAUUUUAGCAACCGUCCCAAAGAAAAAUGAAGAAGUGCAGCAGCCACCAAGAGUAGACAAAAAUAAUCUUUAUAAGAGAUUUGUGGAACCAAGCAGGAUUUUAAACCCACUAGCACUAACAGUUGAUCAGAAACCAAAUCAUCAGGAAGAGCUGGAAAGAAUACAAAAAGCAGGAGGAAAAGUCCAGCAGCUCACUGACGACAGAGGAAACAAAGUAGGACCUUUUAGAGUAUGGAAAAAGAACGGAACUCUUCCAGGACUAGCAAUGAGUCGGUCUAUAGGUGAUGGAAUUGGAAAAGAAUGUGGAGUCAUUGCUACACCGAUUUUUCACUCAUUUCAGUUAUUUCCUGGAAAAGACCAGUUUAUUGUUGCUGGGAGUGACGGAGUGUGGGAUGUUAUGGAAAACAUAGAGGUUGCGAAUUUCGUGGAUAAAUUCAGAGGAAGGUCAACAAAGACAGUAAGAAAAGAAACAAUAUACCCGAUUUCAGUAAUUUUAAUUUAGCCUGAAAACUCAAGUAUAGCUCAUUUAUUGGCUGAGGAGUCCAGAUAUAGAUGGUACGGAAUUUGUGAGGAUGAAGACGUUAUGAUUGAUGAUAUUUCUGUCAUAGUAAUUGAAAUUAAUUCUCUUAUGCCAAGCUCGAGCUUGAGCAACUUGGAUGUUGAAGAUAGAAGAACGUUGAGAUUAAAUAGUGUUGGGAAUAUACCAACUGAAAGUACACAGAUGCAGCCUGGGACACUAAGAGGAGAUGCGGUUAGGGGAAGCUUUAUUCCAGCAAAAGACCCAAAUGCAAAGAAAAAGAGGGUUGAUCCGAAAAGAGGCUCAUAUUUGCCAGCUGGCCAAGAAGAAGAAAGUCACGAGACACUGGAUGGAGUACCUUUUGUAGAUGAAGAAAACAAACAGCAAUAA